CGAAUGUAUUUGCAUCAUUCAUGAAGUACACGAUGUACUCGGAUUCACAUAAUUUUAAGGCUUGUAAACUAUGAUAAUUUAAGAAUAUUAUGCUCAGAAGAUUUAAUUCGAACAUAGAUCCGGAAAUUAAGAUAGGAAUAUGGACUAGAAUAAGCAGUAAUACUCCACGUGUAUAAGGAGCAUUUCAUUUCCAAACAACUACUAUCUCUAUAUAAAGUGUGUGGUCUCACUUGGGAGAAGAAGAUGGACAAUUUUAACAUCUAUGGCUAUGGCAAGUGUGAAUUUCCACUACUCCUUUGUCCUCGUUUUCAUCGCAAUCCUUCUUAUUCCAAGCAAAUGCUAUGGUGAAUCCGUGAAACCCAGAUCAGGAUCGACCUUGUUCGUGUUUGGAGACUCGCUAUUUGAUCCUGGGAAUAACCAGUAUAUCAAUGGAAGCAAACCAAGUGCAACCAGCAACAGGCCAUAUGGCGAAACCUUCUUCAAGCACCCCACUGGACGAGUUUGCGAUGGCCGAAUAGUCCCCGAUCUUAUUGCUUUGUUUGCAAAGCUGCCAAUUCUUCCACCAUAUCUACAGCCUGGUGAGCAUAAUUUUACUGAUGGGACCAACUUUGCAUCUGCUGGUGCUGGAGUUCUUGAUUCUACACAUUCUGGAACGAUAAACCUAAAUCUGCAGCUAAGCUAUUUCAAGAACGUGGACAAGUGGUUGAGGCAGAAAAUAGGAGAUGCAGAGGCCAAGAAGGUGGUGAUGAGAGCUGUUUACUUGUUCAGCAUUGGAGGCAACGAUUACUUUAGCUUCUCCACGGAAAACCCCAAUGUAACUGCCUCCCACCAGAAGGAGUACGUCGGAAUGGUGAUUGGCAACUUAACAAAUGUUCUCAAAGAAGUAUACAAAAUGGGAGGAAGGAAUAUCGCAUUUCAGAAUGCGGGGCCUUUGGGCUGCACACCGGGCACAAAAGCUAUGAACACUAGUCUCGGUGGAAAUUGUGAUGAAUUACCCUCAGCUCUAGCAAGACGACACAAUAAAAUGCUGUCACGCACCCUCAAAAGAUUAGAGAGCCAAUUACCGGGAUUCAAAUAUUCGAUAUUCGAUUACUACAAUUCACUCUACGAUAGGGUUUUCAACCCCGCCAAAUACGGUUUCAAGGAAGGAAAAGCAGCAUGUUGUGGCAGUGGAGCAUACAGAGGAAAGGACUGUGGAGGAAACAAUGGAACAACAGGUUAUGAGUUAUGUAGCAAUCCUUAUGAGUAUGUGUGGUUUGAUCAAGCUCAUACCACUGAAGGGUGUAAUUGGCAAUUGGCCAAGUUGUUGUGGGAAGGGAGUCCCAAGGUCAUAGGGCCUUACAAUUUAAAGCAACUAUUCAACAUGUAA